GUGGCACUAGAUCCUCUUUCUUUCUUGCUGAAUCUUUUGCCUACUAAAAAACCAUCAACAACACGUGUUGCUGUUCCUUGGAUGGUCCGAUGGCCAACGAUUUGUACAAUACUGCAUGAGAUGGAUUAUAUAUUCCAUGGAAAACUCCCUCCUGACCCUUCUACUGAUACUGGUGCUUCUCUCAUGAAUUGGUUGCUCAACUAA